AUGUCUGUCGGCAAGAAACAUACACUCUCUGAAGGCGAUCGCGAAAGCGAGCCUUUGGCCAAGAAAGCCAAGGUCGUCGGUUCUACCGCCAACGAAUCCGAAGAGCCUGUGAAGGAGAAGAAGGAGAAGAAGGAGAAGAAGGACAAGAAGGACAAGAAGGAUAAAGAAGCAAGGAAGGAGAAGAAGGAGAAGAAGAAGAAGCGCAAGGAAAAGGAGGCCAAGGCGCAAGCGGAGGAGGAGAUUGCUGACCCUGAGCCUGAGUCUACAACCACUACCGAAGUCCCUUCAACUACCGAGACUCCGCAGCCCGAAGCGGAGACCGCUUCCAAAUCCAAGAAGGAGAAGAAGGAAAAGAAGGAGAAAAAGGACAAGAAGGAUAAGAAAGAGAAAAAGGAAAAGAAUAGCAAAGUCGGCGACGAGUCCACGCCAACUGACGCACCUCAGAAUGGCGCCAGCGACUCAAAGUACAAGCAGGUCGACGCCCUUUCGGCACUGCCCGAAUCCGAGCUCAAGGACUGGAUGACAGCACAACAAGUCGUCAUCUCCGAACCCAGCUCGUUGACAACCCACCGCCCAAUCCUCAAGUUUACUCAGCUCCCGUCCUCACCCCUCCUUGCCAAGAAGCCGUUUGCCGGCUUCGCCGCCCCAACUCCGAUCCAGUCUGCCUCUUGGCCGUACUCGCUCGACGGCCGCGACGUAGUCGGUAUUGCAGAGACUGGCUCUGGCAAGACCCUCGCCUUUUCGGUACCAUGCAUCACUGCGCUCCAAGCCCUUCCCGAGGGCAGCAAGCCCAACAAGAAAUACGGCGCUACACAUGCGCUCGCCGUCAUUGUUUCGCCGACCCGUGAGCUCGCAAUGCAGACACACGCCGCCAUCUCCAAGCUUGCGGAGCUGGUCGGCAUGUCGGCCGUCUGCCUGUUUGGUGGUGCCCCCAAGGACGAACAGCGCGCGCUGCUACGCAAGGGCAAGGGCGCCGACAUUAUCGUCGCGACGCCCGGGCGACUCAAGGACUUUUUGUCCGACGACACCGUAUCGCUUUCCGCUGCACGGUUUGUGGUGCUGGACGAGGCAGACCGAAUGCUGGACAAGGGUUUCGAGGACGAUGUCAAGCUCAUCCUCGGCCUGUGCCCUGACCGUGGGCAGCGCCAGACCCUCAUGUUCACCGCGACGUGGCCCGCCAGCGUGCGUGGCUUGGCAGAGAGCUUCAUGGUCAACCCGGUCAAGGUCACCAUUGGCGGGCGCACAAGAGCCGUCGACGGAGACGACGAUGGCAAUGGCGUGGUGGAGCUGCAGGCAAACUCGCGCAUCUCGCAACGGGUCGAGGUGAUCAACCCGUGGGAGAAGGAAAACAGGCUUGUGCAGCUGCUCAAGGAGGCGCAGUCCGGCAAGAACAAGAACGACCGAGUGCUCGUCUUUUGCUUGUACAAGAAGGAGGCCGUUCGUGUCGAGAACAACCUGCAGCGCAAGGGGAUCAGAGUCGCUAGCAUUCACGGCGAUCUGAAGCAGGAGCAGAGGACUGCCAGUCUGGAGGCUUUCAAGACUGGCAAGACCACAGUUCUUGUCGCCACUGAUGUUGCAGCCCGCGGUUUGGAUAUUCCAGAAGUGAAGCUGGUCAUCAACGUCACGUUCCCCCUCACCAUCGAAGAUUAUGUCCACCGCAUCGGUCGAACUGGUCGCGCAGGCAAGCAAGGUCAGGCCAUCACCCUCUUCACCGAGCACGACAAGGCACACUCGGGCAGCUUGGUCAACGUCCUCAAGGGCGCGAACCAGCCAGUUCCAGAUGAGUUGCUCAAGUUUGGUACCACCGUCAAAAAGAAGGCACACGACACGUAUGGUGCUUUCUUCAAGGAUGUGGAUAUGAGCAAGAAGGGGACCAAGAUUACGUUUGAUUAG